AUGGCCCCCUCCCUGGAGGCGGAUCCCGACUCAGCGGUCCAAGACGUCCUCGCCAACCCCCUCAAACAGAAGCCCUCCCUCGUCGCUCCAGAACCAGAACACUGCCCGGGACCAGAAUCCGCCGCCGCCGGCACAGCAGACUCCUGCGCCGGCUGCCCCAACAAGGAAAUCUGCGCCGCCACCGCCGUAAAGGGCCCGGACCCGGACAUACCCAUCAUCGCCUCCCGCCUCUCCGGCAUCGCCCACAAGAUCCUCGUCCUCUCGGGCAAAGGCGGCGUCGGCAAGUCCACCUUCACCACCCUCCUCGCCCACGCCUUCGCCACGAACCCCGACAGCGCCGUCGGCGUCAUGGACACGGACAUCUGCGGGCCCUCGAUCCCCAAGAUGCUCGGCGUCGAGGCCGAGACGAUCCACGUCUCCGGCGCGGGCUGGUCGCCCGUCUGGGUCCUCGACAAUUUGGGCGUCAUGUCCAUCCAGUUCAUGCUGCCCGACCGCGACGCCGCCAUCAUCUGGCGCGGCGCCAAGAAGAACGGCCUCAUCAAGCAGUUCCUCAAGGACGUCGAGUGGGGGCCCCUCGACUUCCUCCUCGUCGACACGCCCCCCGGGACCUCGGACGAGCACCUCAGCGUGAACACGUUCCUCCGCGACAGCGGCAUCGACGGCGCCGUCGUCGUCACCACGCCGCAGGAGGUCUCCCUCCUCGACGUCCGCAAGGAGAUUGACUUUUGCCGGAAAGCGGGCAUCCGCGUUCUCGGCCUCGCGGAGAACAUGGCGGGCUUCGUGUGCCCCAAGUGCACGAACCAGAGCGAGAUCUUCCGCGCGACGACGGGCGGCGGGCGGGCGCUGGCCGAGGAGAUGGGGGUGCCGUUUUUGGGGAGCGUGCCGCUGGACCCGCGGAUCGGGAUGGCGUGCGACUAUGGCGAGAGCUUCUUUGAUAGUUUCCCUGAUAGUCCUGCGUGUUUGGCGUUUAAGGAGGUGGUGAGGAAUGUGAGCAAGGAGAUGGGGCUGAAUGAGAAGGAUGUGUUGCCCGAGGAUUAG